GAGGGAAGUUGAGGAAAUUGAAAGCUCCUUUCGUUUGGUUUUUAUAUUACUUUAUGUUGUUUGGUUUCAAACUCCUCUCCAGUAGCUUAUUCCAUAACCCAAUUCUCCAAUUGGCAUCUCAAAUUCAAUAGAAACUUCUCUUAUUCUUGUUGUUUAAAGAGAAAUAGAAGAACCCAAUCGACUUCAACUGUUAGAAUAAAGAAUUAUGAGACCUCAAAAAGAAACCAACACAGUUUCAAACGGUUCUGUCAGGAGGAGUGAUCACCAUGAGAAUAAUGGUAUUGUUAAAUACAGGGAGUGUAGAAAGAAUCACGCGGCAAAUAUCGGUGGAUAUGCCGUUGAUGGUUGUAGAGAAUUCAUGGCUUCAGGAGAAGAAGGAACAAGUGCUUCUCUCAAGUGUGCUGCUUGUAAUUGUCAUAGGAAUUUUCAUAGAAGGGAAGAAUUGAUAAAUGAAAGUUAUUAUGAUUGUUCCUCGAACUCAUCGACUAGGAAAUGAUUAUGAAAUAUCCAAAACUAAAUGGUAUUUGUAACUCAUCAUCUCUGUUUUCAUCAACGAUUUAGCUGUGAAUUUUGAUGAUUUAUAUAUGGUGCUAAUAAUUAUACAUGGAGUUUCAAAAUCUUAUGUGGGUCGGCGUGUGUUUUUGUUCUUUGAUCUUGAUUAGGACUGAGGAAGAAUUUAAUUUCUUUGAUUUUGAAAGGAUCUUUAGUAAAGUUGAUUGAUCUUAUUAAGCAUGAAACAUGUAUAAUCUAUACCAGCAUAAUACAGUAUUUGGUUGAGAAUAAUCAAAACCUUUUUUUUUCCAUCUUUGCCAUGUUAUGAUCAUAUGGCCCAAAAGAUAUUGUAUUUGUCGUUCGUGAUAUGCUUAAUUUAUUUUUAGAGUCUGUGCUAUGUUUUUACAAUCCGUUUGCAAGCAAAAAAUACAAGGUUUAAUAACAUUAUUAUUUGGUUUA